ACAACACCAACUUAUCUCCGCAUACCAGCGCGAUUGCAUCCGCUUAUGAAGCAAUUGAACAAUAAUCAACCAGCUUUCCCGAACAUUAUUUAUUUCUUGUGGAGCGGACCACCAUUCUUGCUUCCGAAGUUAGGAAUUAAUCUGUACCUAGAGCGAGAGUUGCCCAGCUAAGUUCACAGCUUCAAUUCAGACGCACAAUGGCUACCUCAAUUCCCAAAAUGAUGAAAGGCGUUCUCGUCGAGAAGACGGGAGGAGUGGAGGUUUUGGAAUACAAAACUGACCUCCCCGUCCCGACUCCAAAAGAGGGGGAGGUAUUGGUGAAGAAUGACUUUAUUGGCAUCAAUUACAUCGACACCUAUUUCCGAACCGGUCUCUACCCAUCCAAGAAACCCGAAAUCCUCGGCCGAGAAGCAGAAGGCACAAUCGUGUCCACUGGUCCCGGCGGCGAGCUCUAUAACCUCAAAGUUGGCGAUCGAGUCGUAUGGAUGGGCACCAGUGCAUACGCCGAAUAUACCGCUGCUCCAGCAUCCAAGACACACGUUAUCCCCUCCUCCCUCCCGCAAGGCGUCGCUGCCGCCGCUCUUUUGCAAGGUCUCACGGCCCUGACCCUGAUCCGCGAGUCCUACCACGUCAAAAAGGGCGACUUUGUGCUCGUCCAUGCGGCAGCUGGUGGUGUGGGACUCUGGCUGUGCCAGUUGCUUAAGGUGGUUGGUGCAAGGACUAUCGGUACAGCGAGUACCGCGGAGAAAAUCGAGCUGGCGAAGAAGAAUGGCGCGGAGUUUAUGAUUAAUUAUAAGGAGGAGAAGGAUUUUGUGGGUGCGGUGAAGAAGAUUACGGGGCCGGAGGGCGUGAGGGCUGUUUUUGAUAGUACGGGGAAGGAUCAGUUUGAGAAUGACCUCGAGGUUGUGGGGAGGAAGGGGACGGUUGUUUCGUAUGGGAAUUCCUCGGGAGCUGUUCCUCCUUUUGCGAUUUCGAGGUUGUCGGCGAAGAAUGUGGCGAUUUUGAGACCGACGCUUUUCAAUUAUAUAGCUACGAGAGAGGAGUUCGAGGCUUAUACGGCUGAGCUGUUUGAUUUUAUUAUCAAGGACAAUUUGAAUGCCAGGGUCCAUGAGACGUAUCCUUUAGCGGAUAUUGCGAGGGCUCAUACAGAUCUGGAAGGACGAAAGACGACUGGCAAGCUUUUGCUUAAGCCGUAGGAAACGAGAUAGCACAAAGUUCAAUGAUGAUACAUGAUUGGUGCUGAUUGCUUUCUAUUUGGAAAGCUGCUGUUUAAGUCUAUAUGCUGACAUGCAAGUACCUUUAGACAAUGCUGAACCAGAAUGCAUACAUAACUAAACAGA